GAGCAGGUCCCAGGAGCCCGCUUCUCUGCUCACCUGGUGGUGAGCAUCAUCGCCCUGAGGGGGAGAAGGCGAGGGUAGGCCCAGGAAUAAUGGACUCCAAAGAUCAAGGAGUGAAAAAUCUCAACAUGGAAAAUGACCAUCAGGAAAAGGAGGAAAAGGAAGAAAAGCCACAAGAUGCUAACAAAAGGGAGCCGCCUGUGGCCCUGCCUUUGGAAACAGGCGAAUACAGUGUGCCUAGAGGAAGUCGCAGACGGUUCCGUGUCAGGCAGCCCAUUGUGCACUAUAGAUGGGACCUGAUGCUUAGGGUUGGAGAGCCCCAGGCAAGGAUGAGACAGGAGAACAUGGAAAGGUUUCAGGAGGAUGUGAGACAGCUCAUGGAGAAGUUGAGGGAAAGGCAGCUGAGCCAUAGUCUGAGGGCAGUUAGCACUGACCCCCCUCACCAUGACCAUCAUGAUGAGUUUUGCUUUAUGCCCUGAACCCUGAGGUUUUCUCUGAAGAUAAUGUGGGGACCCCUGCUUCUAAAACUUACAUGUUUGUGAUGCACUGUUGUAAAAAUUU